AUGACUCGAAUUAAGAAAAGACGACUAAAAAAAUUCAAGAAAACUGUACCCGACUACUUUUCUGCUAACUGUACAUUUGAGAUCCGCAAAGGUUGUCACUGCCAUAACACUGACCCACAACAGUCAAUCACGGCAACUUUCAAGACAAGAAAGGAAUGGUCGUGCUCUGGAACACGACUGGUUUGACAAUUACGGCACGACGAGGGCAACAGCUCUACAAGUUUAGAGAGUGUUCUAAUCGCUAACAAAAGACGAAAAAAAAAGUAAACAGACUAAGACCAAGAGAUAUUCUCU